UUCUCGUUGAUCGUUAUUCGUUGAUUCAGUACUGCUGGACUCGUCGCAGCUAGUAUUUUUCGUCACCGUUAUUCUACGCGCAUUAUCAUGAUGUUCGCCUCGCUGUAAUUAUUCUGUAAAUAUUUUGGAAAAACGCAGCACACAAGAUGGCUCCAUCCCCAAAUCAUAAACCUGUAUCACAGACRUUAGCAACAAUUUUACAAUUUGAGCAAAAUAUCAUUCAUAUGUCAAACGGAUGUCCAAUCAUUUUGAAUACUUCAUAUCCUAUAACUGAAUCUGAUAAUCCACUUCAGYCAAUAUCCAGACCAAUGUCUGAUGAAGAAACACCUUCUUGGGAUUUGACUACAUACGAAAAUCGCUUAAGAACAUUUGAUGGAGUGUGGAAAUUACAAUUUAUUACACCUGACCAAAUGGCUAAAGCUGGAUUAUAUUACUUGGGCAUACAAGAUCGUGUUAGAUGUUUGUUUUGUUCUACAGAAUUUGAUUAUUGGCAACAUGGUGAUGAUCCAGUUGUUGAACAUAAACGUCAGUCUCCACAAUGUCCAUUUUUUAAUGAUUCUUCUGCUGGUUAUGAUGUGUGUGGUCUAUAUGGUUCUGCUCCGGAUGAUGUCCGAUCUAAUCAUGAGUCAAAAAAGGUUCAAGAUUUUUUAGAUUCUGUUGGUAUUCUGCAACAAAUAAAAYCACCUAAGCAUAAAGAUUUUGCUACCUUAGAAGCACGCUUGAAAUCAUUUGAGAAAUGUUUGAUACCAUUGAAACAAGAUAUUCAAACCCUAUGUGAAGCUGGAUUUUUUUAUAUAGGAAAUGGUACAAAUGACCAAAUGCUAUGUUACUACUGUAGUCAAGGACUUAAAGAUUGGGAAGAUGAUGAUGAACCAUGGACAGAACAUGCCAGAUGGUCAGAAACUUGUAGUUACGUGUUGUUAAAUAAAGGCAAAAACUUUGUCGACAAAGCAUGUGGUGUGACUAGCACAAAAUUCAAUCCAACGGAGUUAUUCAAGCUAAUUGCUGAACAUAAAGAUACAUCCAUUACUGAAAAUAAUAUGAAAGUAAAUUCGACAAAAAGGAUUCACAUUGUCUGUCAACAUCAUACACCUAGAAAACUUGAUCAGCCAGAUAUUUCUAACAUAUCUCAAAUUAAAUUACCAACUGUCAAAACAGAACAUCUUUGUCAAAAGCGAGAUCCUAAUACAAUUCCAGAUUCCAUGCUGUGCAAAAUAUGCUAUAAAGAAGAAAUGAAAGUGGCUUUUAUCCCUUGCGGUCAUGUCAUUGCAUGCAUUCAAUGUGCUCUAACACUUGAACAGUGUGCUGUAUGUAGACAGCCRUUUAGUAUGGUAAUGAGAGUACACUUAUCAAUGGAUGAAGAAAAAGUUAAAGAUCUCGAACAGUUACCAUGCAGUUCAUCACAGUGUUUAGACAGACAAUUAGACCCAAUGCUUUGCAAAGUAUGUCAUAAAGAAGAAAUGGCAGCUGCAUUCAUACCCUGUAAACAUGUUUAUGCUUGUGUCAAAUGCGCAGCAGAUAUGCACGAGUGUCCUGUUUGCACAGAAGGGUUCUGUGCCACUAUUCAAGUUUACUUAUAGGGCUAGUAAAAUACUGCUACAUUGUGUGGUGAAAACCAUUCUAGUCUUAAAUUUUAAUUUGUGUAAUUAAUUUUAGUUUAAAAACUUAACUUUUAAUGAAAUAUAACAAGCACCAAAGUGGGCUAAAUAUCGCUAUGUGUUUGCGUUGUUGGUGUUUAUAUUUCUACAACGCACAAAGUUCAUAGUAUAAUGUGAGACUGAUUUCCUUAGAAGAUGUUAUACAACGGUUGUUAUCUCUAUCAUUACAUAGUAAAUUUAUGAUCCGCAAUUAUGUUAUCAUUUUAUAUAAAAGUACUGACAUAUAAUUUACCAUCAAAAUUGAAGAUACAAACAUCUGUGUUCUUAAUAUGUAAAUUCAAACUGUGUUAAACACUUAAAUUUAAAUGUUUUAUACAGAGGGAUAGAAGRGUUUGAUAAAGUGUCAAUUUCCUUUAAUAUUAAAUAUAACAUAUUUGUAGGUCAGUUAUUUUGAAAAAUGUAAACUUAAGUGUUUGUGAGACAAAUAAUAUGUCUAUACAGGUAUGAAGUCCUUUAACCUUUUAUGAUAAUUAUUAAAUCCAAUUAAUUGUUGUUUGGUUAUAUAAUUGUAGAGCUGUCUUAAGUUAUUUUUAUAUUUAUUUGAUCAAUUAUUUUUAUUUCCAUAAUAUGCACUCAAAUCGAAUCAAUAAAGCUAUAAAGCAAUUAUAGCUUUUAAGACAGAUACUCCCAUGUACAGUUUCUUUGUAAAUAAAUAUUUUUAAUUUUAUUUUUAUUGUUGUCAUUAAAAAAA